UUUUCAGUUCUUCAAGCAUUACGAUCGCAAUGUUCGAGUACUUCGUAGUUGUUCUUAUGUUCAUUAUAAGCGUUAAAAGCCAUAUGUUCGGAGGUGGAAUGUAUGGUGGAGGCUUUGGUGGUUAUGGUGGAGGCUAUGGUGGCUAUGGUGGCUAUGGUGGCUAUGGUAGACGCUACGGAUACGGGCACUCACACGGAGGAUAUCGCAUGUAUGGUCGCUGAACCUCCGUCAACGACUGAUCCAUCAUAAAUUAAUUUUUCACAGUAAAUAUUGCCUCUCUAUUCACUGUUAUACAGUUUGUCCCAAAAGUAUAGAUUGUCUGAGCAUUGUUGAUCAUCUGAACAAAAUGUGAUUAUGAAAUUGCGUGUAUUAAAUCGUGUAUCUGGCUAAA